AUGAAUUAGACAAAGUAUUUUUUAUUAUUAUUUUUUUUAAACACAAAAAAAAACAAAUUAUAAAUUUUUAAAAAUAUACUUUUUACAUAUACAAAUUAGUUAGAAUUUUACAUUCAAAUAUAUUUCCUUAUUUAUGAUAUUCAUCCUUUAUUUAAAUAAAGACAAUAAAUUUUUCAAGAAAAAAUAGAUUAUUUUAAACAUUAUUUAGAUUCAAAAGGAUCAGAAUUAGCAAAAACAAGCGAAUUAUUAUGCUUUUAUGCACUUCCAUAUGUCUAAAAGCCAUUAUAACAUGUCGGCUUUAAAUAAUUAUUUGAAAAAAAAUGGGUAUAAGACUUAUUAACAAAAUUAAAAGAAAGAUUAGAUGCUGCUAUAAAAUAAGCAGAUACAUAAACAGUACUAGAAUAAAUGUAUGAAUAUUAUAAAUAAAAAAAUAAUAACCAAAAUUAGCCAAUAUAAGUAAAAAUUGUUCAAAAUAAUAACAGUGUAAGUUAUGUUUAAUAAGACACAUCCUAAUUUUUAGGCGAAAAUUCAUAUAUGAAUGAUAAUUUAAGAAAUAAUACUUAAUAUUUGACUAUAAUUUAAGAAUUAAACUAUAAAUAUAAUAAUUUACAUAAAAUUUAUUUGUAGGCAUAAGAAUAAGCAAAAUAAACAAUUAUGGAUUCGCAUUAAAAAUGGUUUAAAAUAGGACAAGAUUUAGUUUCGCUAUCUAAAGAAUUAAUUAUUUUGUCUGAAAAAAAAGAUAUUUAGAGUGAAUAAUAUUAAAAUAUAAUGGAAGGAUUUAAAAAGAAGUUGGUUAAAUAUGAACAUUUUUUAAAUUCUAAUAUUGAUGAUUUAAUACAUUAGAGUUAAGAUAUUUCGCUUUUUAAUAAUUAAAUGAGUAUAUUGGAUAAUGAAUAAAUUAAUAAUAAUCAAAUUUUUUAAAAAUAGUAAGAAUUAGUAUAAUAAAAAGAAUAUAUAAUAUAAUAAUAAAGUAAUUAAUAAUAAUAUUAAAAUUAAUAAUAAUAAAUAUAAUUAUAAUAAUAAUAAAAAUAAUAAUAGAUUUGUCAAAUAUAAUAUUUACCUUUAGAUUUUUAUAAAAUAAAAAAUAUAAUUAAAUUAAAUAAUAACGAUUAAUUAUCUAUUAAUAUAUUAUAAUCUUUAAGAUGGAGAAUUACGAAAACUAAAAAUGGAUUGAUGAGAAGAGUAGUAGUUAUAUCUUAUACUAUAAAUGAUAUAUUAGGAGGAAAAAAUAAUGACAUAAUUUUAUAAUAAUCAAUUUUUUAUUCUUAAAAUGUAAAAAUUAUCGAGUAUGGAUUAAGACUGACAAAUGCAAUAGCUUCAGAUUUUUAAGGUCGAACUUAUUUAGUUGAAUGCCCUAAUCUAAUAAAAAUAUUAAUCCGAAUACUCAAAAAUGAAAAUGAUGAUAAUUGCACAAGAAGAAAUGCACUAGGUGCUUUAUAAAAACUUUCCUUAAGGAGAACAUGUCAAUUAAUUAUGAUAGAAAAUGAUGUAAUAGAAUGGAUAAUAAAAAAACUAAAAUAUGAUAAAAAUCUUUUAAGUGAAUAUAGUUAUGAAUAUGCAACUGCUUUAUUUAUGAACUUAUCUUUAAGGACAUUAGGAAAAGAUAAAUGCUAAUAAAAUUCUGUCGAAGUUUUAUAAGUAUUAUAUUCUUUAUUAGAACAUAAUAGUUAAUAAGUUCGAACAUUCGUAAACGGAACUUUAUAUUCAUUAUUAAGUAGAUCUGUAUUAAAAGAAUAAGCUAAAAAAUUAAAUUUUUUAUAAUUUUUAAAUUACUUGAAAUUAAAUUCAAACGAAAUAUUUUAUAAAUAAAUAUAAUAUAUAAUAGAUUAAUUAUAAAGUGAUGAUUAUAAUGAAGAAAAUAGCAUAUCUGAUUAAGAAGAGGAAAACAAUGAAGAUGAUUUUGAAAACGAAGAAAUUGAUGAAGAAGUAGAUGGCUAAAAAAAUGAAGAAGAUGAAGAAGACGAUGAAAAAACGAAUAAAUUAAUACUGAUUAUUUAAUUGGAGAAAAUCUUCUUUUAUAAAAUUUUAUCUUAAGAGGUUAAGAAGCUUUAAAACAAAAUAAACAAAUAAGAAAUGUAAUAGAUGAAAAUAAAAAGACUAAUAUGA